UUGAAAUGCUUUAAAAGAGAUUCCUCCAUUUUUAACCCCCCGAAAUUGUUUUACGUAGUGUUGCUUUAACUGUAUAGGCAAUCAGAGAUUAGUUUAUGUUGAUGAUUCAAGACGAGAGGAUGUUUACAGAGCCUCUGACAGGUGACUUUACACAUUGCAGUGCAGCGGAACGGACGGGAUGUGGUGUGUUUGUAAAUUCAAUCUGAGGUGCCAGAGUGCGCUCAGAUUGCUCUCUGGACAUUCAUAAAUUCAGAGCAUUGUCAGAUUGUCUGUUCAGACCAUUGGGUUCUCGAAGUGUUCAGAGCGCAGAUUGGACGCUCUGGCCUAGGAGUAGGGUUGAUCAGAGCGUUCUGACCUUACAACGGCAGUCAAGCAACCAAGCUAACUUGGCUAGCAUGCUAACUACUUCCAGACACAAAUAAGAAAACACCUCACUGACCAUUUUACUCGCCCUAGCAGAGAUGAUUAGGCUGUUUUCAUGUUAUCCAGCCGUUGGUGGUUGUAACUGUGCUGCUGGCAAUAAUUGAAUUACGCUUUUUUGCCGACAUUUACUGACACUGGCCAUAUUCAGAAAUUCAGCAGUUAUUCUGCGCUCUGGCACACUCAGACAAGAGCUCUGAAAUCGUAAUAGAUAACCAGAGUGAAUUUUACGAACGCACCCUCAGGGUGGGCGUCUCCCAGCUACCUUUGCUUACCUGUCAUGUUAAAAUCUUAAGGCCAUUACAGAUUUCCAAUAGGUACUGCACUGGUUUGAACUAAAGGGACAUUUUGUAUUGACAAAAUGGAAUCGCCCGUGAAGAAAGGUUUCCUUAGACUGGAAAUACAGAAAACAACAUGGGAGGUUCCGGAGCAAUAUACCGCACUGAAAGCUGUUGGCUCAGGUGCUUACGGGACAGUAUGUUCUGCUAUUGACCAGCAGACCAAGGAGAAGGUGGCCAUUAAGAAGCUCUAUCGUCCAUUUCAGUCCCUGAUCCAUGCUAAACGGGCCUACCGGGAACUACGACUGUUGCGCCACAUCCAGCAUGACAAUGUGAUCUGCCUCCUCAAUGUCUUCACACCUGAUUUCUCCCUGGAGAAAUUCCAGACAUUUUACAUGGUGAUGCCCUUCGUUGCUGAGGAUCUCGGUAACAUCAUGAAGAGGAGGAGAUUGACUGAUCGCGUCAUCGUUUACCUCUUCUACCAGCUUCUAUGUGGCCUCAAGUAUAUCCAUUCUGCAGGGAUCAUUCAUCGGGACCUAAAACCUGGCAACCUCGCCGUGAACGAUAACUGUGAAUUGAAGAUCCUGGACUUUGGUCUAGCGAGACAUGCAGAGAGUGAGAUGACGGGCUAUGUGGUGACACGCUGGUACAGGUCACCAGAGGUCAUCUUCAACUGGAUGCACUAUAGCCAGUCAGUGGACUUGUGGUCAGCAGGCUGCAUCUUGGUUGAGAUGAUCACAGGCCAGGUUCUGUUCCCAGGCAAAGACAGCAUUGACCAGUUGAAGAAGAUCCUCCACGUAACAGGAACACCACCGUCCUCCCUGCUGCAGAAGAUGCAGAGCAAAGAUGCUCGUUCAUAUGUGCAGGGUCUCCCUAUCCAAAAGAAGAAAAACUUUAAGGAAGUCUUUCCCUCCUUGGAUGUAAAUGCGGUGGAUCUGCUGGACAGCAUGCUGCUGCUGGACCCAGACACCAGGAUGACAGCUAAAGAGGGCCUCUCACACCCCUACCUCUCUGAGUUCCAUGAUCCAGAAUCUGAACCCAACUCCCCACCGUACGACGACUCCUUUGAAAGCAUGGAGCUUGAUGUGGGAGAGUGGAGUAGUCUGAUCCACAUGGAGAUUAUGACUUUUGACCCCAGAAACCCCAGUGCCACUGCAAUGUAGUGGACAGACACAACAGAACACUGGCUCCCCCAUGGCUCCAUCUUAUAGAAAACAUCACAUUUCACAACAUGGUUUUAUGACUUCAUGAAACAUGAUACUGGAAAGAAUGGCGCCGAAGGAGAUGGUUGUCGUUUUACGUUCCCGUAACUAAUUGUGCGAUUGUUUAAAAGCAUUGUUGGUUAAGGGCUUGUAAGUAAGCAUUUCACAGUAAGGUCUACACCUGUUGUAUUCGGCGCAUGUGAAAAAUACAAUUUCAUUUGAUUUGAUGUCAUCAUUUUUAUGGAUCCCUCAUUUAAGGGUAGGUCAUGGUUUUAACUUGUUUUAAGGUAUACAUUUUCAGAAUGCUUUGUAAAUGCAUAUGAAUGAUGUACAAACUUUUAAUAUAUUAGUAGUAUUAUCAUAUUAAAUAUAGUAACGUGGUAAUCGACCACACCAUUUGCAUGUUUAUCCAAUUGGCUACAAUCUAUGUAUGAACAAUGUUUUUUAUCAUGACUGAGUAAAAUCUCACACCUCAAAUCAAUCUCAUCUAUGAACACAUUUUCAUCUCUGACUCAAGUAGCAUUUUCCAAAAUGAAGCAUGUUUUGGUAUCUUAACUGAAAAAUGAUGUUUGAUGCUAGAACACUAAAUCUCAAUCAGUAGAUCCACAUAGUGGACAGUAGGCGGCACAUGUUCAGUAUAAUGUAGAAUGUUCUCAUGCUGCCCUUUUUUGUGUGAACGGGUUAGAUAGGUCAAGUUAUCAUUCCAGUUCUGUUACAGCAAUGGUGUUAAGGUAAUAAGUAAAAAAUACUUUAGGGUACUACUUAAGUCAUUUUUUGGGGUAUCUGUACUUUUCUAUUGAUAUUUUUGACAACUUUUACCUUCACUCCACUACAUUCCUGAAGAAAAUAAUGUACUUUUUACUCCAUACAUUUUCCCUGACACCCAAAAGUACUUGUUACAUUUAGAAUGUUCAGGCAGGACAGCAAUAUGGUCCAAUUCACGCGCCUAUCAAUAUAACGCAUUGUCAUCCCUACUGCCUCUUAUCUUGUGGACUCACUAAACGCAAAUACUGCAUUUGUAAAUUAUUUCUGAGUUUUGGAGUGCAUCCCCUGGCUGUCCGUAAAUAAAAAAACAAGAACAUUG